AUGGGAAACCAUACUGACAAGGUGAGAUUUAAUGUUAGAGGUAAGAUCUUUGAAACGACCGCAACAACUCUUGCAACUGAAUGCCGAAAUUCAAUGUUUGGAGCUAUGUUUGAUGAUGCAUGGAAACUUCAACCAAGAGAAUCAGUUAAUGAAGAAGAAUACUUCAUGGAUCGAGACCCUGAUUGUUUUUAUGUCCUUCUUAAUCUCUUAGGAACAGGCGGGCUUGAUGUCCCUUCUAACGUACCCGAGAAAUUACUUUAUAGGGAAGCUCAUUAUUAUGGUCUUCUUGAUCGUGUAAGAAAAGCAAAGUGGGGUGAAUUUGAUAGUAACCGGUUAAGCUUAGCACAUACUGUUAGUGGUCGGGCUCCUAAUGAUUGUGAGGUAAUUAGCGCAAGUCCUGAUGGAGGUUGUGCUGUCGCUCAUGGUGGCGUUGUUCGUGUAUAUGACUGGAUGCUCGAAGAACAUCCACCCCUAAAUCUUGACUACCAAAGAGUUAAUGAUAUUGGGUGGAUCGAUUCGGAUAAUAUAGUGAUAACUGUUCGCCAAAACUUAAGUAGGGGAGUUGGAGGAAUGGGUAUAUUUAGUUCUUCCACAGGGGAGUUGAAACACAGGUUUCAGUUAACCGAUGGAAAAGAUCAGGUCAAAGGCUUCAGUGCUGGAGUUUUAUGUUUAGACUCUGAAGGCAAGAUAUUUGCUAACUGUAAGGACACAGAUAAGGAAGGAAUUGUGGUGUGGGAUCAAGCAACAGAAAAACAAAUAAAUUUUUUUGAGUCGUUUGAGGGUUCCUGUCUCGAUAAUGUUAUCAAGAUUCAGUGGUUAAAUGCAAGUAACUGUUUAUUUGUACACUGUAUAAGUCCUCGGCAAGACCCAUGCCAUAUCAAUCUUUUGGACUUUAGAGAUAAAAAUAUGGUUUGGUCCUGGCCUGAUGAUAUUAAGCCUUCUCAGAGUUCUUAUGUUCAAGAUAUUAUUCCAAUGGAAGAAAGUAAUACUAUCUGUGUGGUUGAUCUGUAUGGAACUUUGGGAUUUUUAGAUUUGAGAGGUACCAAACAAAGCGUUAGAUGGAAUUCGAACCGUGGGGGGAAAAUAUUAAAUAGUUAUUGUCCUAAGUUAAAAUUUCAUGGAGGGCAGCUAUUUUGUUCCACGGAUGAUAAGAUAUCGGUAUACUGUGAUGCUCAAUGGGUUUCAACAUCUAGCCUUGAAAGAAGUAAAGGGGGUUUAAUUCGAGACUUCUCAAUAGGGGGUGAUCGCCUUUUUUCUCUUCAUAGUGAGAAGAAUGUGUUCGACGUGUGGGAGACUCCAUCUGCCCCAAUAAUUUGA